CUUCCCCUUCAUUCUUUUUUCACUUAACCACGGUUUGUUUUUCGUGACGCACCACCGUUGUGUACGGCUCGUGCUUCUUUUCUCUAUAAGCCGAGCCGGUCACGCGUGUGUCACCAACCGUUAAUACAACCCUUUAUUAUUUCUCUCUCUCGCUUUUGUGACGCGUUUUAUUAUUCUCUCUCUCUCAUUCUUUUUUGGUUCCUAUAAUAAUUGUGUUCUCGCGCUCCAUUACUCGCCGGUUAAUUUUUCCGGCGCGAGACACCGGCGAUUAUUUCAGAUCAGUCGCCGGAGAUUCCUCCGCCACCGUUCCUAUUCGUUUCCUUCCGUUCUUAUUCAUCACCCUUGCGGUUCAUUCCGAAUUCGGAGAUCUCACCGUUUCAUUUUCCGAUUCGGAUUGAGCUGUGCGCGGUGUGGUAAUGCGCCUAAGAAUUUGAGGUUUCCACGUCGGUUAACGAACUUGUUUGUUCUCGUUGUUUGAAUCUGAAGCCGUUUUUGGAUCGAGGAAAGUGAAUAUGGAAGUGGUGUAAUUGUUACCGUUGUUGUUCGUGUUUGAAUCCGUUGAUUUAGGGUUGAGAAUUGAGUACAUUGAUCAAAGGGAGGGUUAUGAGGGAACCGUUGUUGUGGGGGAGAGAAGAGAAGAGUGGGAACAAGAGAGGGAAAGUGAUUUGGGAAGGGUUAAUGAUGAUGAGUAACAAUAAAGUUGAAAAGUUGAAGAAUACGGUGUCGGCGAGGUCUUCAAGGAUGAAAUUGUGGAUGAUACGGGCUACCACAACGGUGUUACUGUGGACUUGCAUCGUUCAGUUAACUGCAAUUAGUGAUAUGUGGGGUCCUAGAGCUUUGAAAGGUUGGCCUUCUUGUUUUACACAUGAAUCUGCACUCAUCGAGUUGCCUUCUACACAGCCCAGAGUUCUUCCACCCAAGAGGGUUUAUAAAAACAAUGGUUACUUGAUGGUGUCGUGCAAUGGAGGAUUGAACCAAAUGAGAGCGGCGAUAUGUGAUAUGGUGGCAAUUGCAAGAUAUUUAAAUGUCACGCUUAUAGUCCCUGAAUUGGAUAAAGCUUCCUUUUGGGCUGACCCCAGUGAGUUCCAAGAUAUAUUUGAUUUGGACCAUUUUAUUACAUCCUUAAGAGAUGAGGUGCGGAUAUUGAAAGAUUUGCCUCCUAGACUCAAGCAGAAAGUGGAAAAUGGGUUUCUUUACACUAUGCCACCGAUUAGUUGGUCUGACAUGUCUUACUAUAAGAACCAGAUUCUGCCAUUGAUACAAAAGUAUAAAGUUGUCCAUUUGAAUCGAACUGAUGCUCGGCUGGCCAAUAAUGGACAAUCUCUGGAGAUUCAGAAGCUGCGUUGCCGAGUCAAUUUUAGUGCUCUUAGAUUUACUCCUCAGAUUGAGGAGUUAGGCAGAAAGGUGAUCAAUCUUCUGAGGCAGAAAGGACCAUUUCUGGUACUUCAUUUGAGGUAUGAGAUGGACAUGUUGGCGUUUUCUGGCUGUACUCAAGGUUGCAACAGUGAUGAGGUGGAAGAAUUGACAAGGAUGAGAUAUGCUUAUCCUUGGUGGAAAGAAAAAAUAAUUAAUUCGGAUUUGAAAAGAAAAGAUGGUUUAUGUCCUUUAACACCCGAGGAGACUGCCCUUGCACUUAGGGCCUUUGACAUCGAUCAAAACAUUCAAAUCUACAUUGCAGCUGGGGAAAUAUAUGGUGGGAAUAGGAGAAUGGCCAGCCUUGCAAAGAACUAUCCAAAACUGGUCAGAAAGGAAACACUGUUGGAACCGUCUGAACUUCAGUUCUUCCAAAAUCAUUCCUCUCAAAUGGCAGCAUUGGAUUAUCUUGUUUCAUUAGAGAGUGAUAUAUUUGUUCCUACGUAUGAUGGAAAUAUGGCAAAAGUAGUUGAAGGUCAUCGCAGAUAUCUUGGGUUCAAAAAGACCAUUUUAUUGAACAGAAAGCUCCUAGUUGAUUUGAUAGAUCAAUACAACAAUGGAGUAAUGAACUGGGAUGAAUUCUCUUCAGCUGUGAAGGAAACUCAUGCUGAUCGCAUGGGAGGAGCAACGAAAAGAUUGGUAAUCCCUGAUAGGCCAAAAGAAGAGGAUUAUUUCUAUGCAAAUCCUGAUGAAUGUUUAGAACCAUCAGAAGAUGAUAUGUUGAGUAGUACAGCGUGAGUGGAGUGUUUGGAAAUAAUAGAAUUGUACUUGGUCUCCUCUACCGGUGCACUUGGCUUUCUACCACAGAUAUACUAAGUUUACACAGUUUUAGCAAAGCUGACAGCAUUUAGUAUGGAAGAGGACAGUCAUAGUGACUGUUAGACGAAGGGUGGGGGGUAGACUUUCCAUGGGAAAAAAAAGCUCGAGGAGGUCAAGAAAAAUAGCUGGGGGUUAGUUUAUUUAAUAUAUAAUAUGCAAAUAAACCUUCACAUUCAUGUAUAGAAGUUACCCUGCCAUUACAGGGUGAGAGCAAAUCAAACUGCAUUGUACAAGGAGGAAUUCAUAUACACAAUUGGAUUUCUUGGAACUGCAGUUUGUGGAAGCUUUUUUCCUUGGUACCUCUCAUUUUUUCCCUCUCCCCCAAAUACAUAAUAUAAUAUAUAAAUAUAUUAUAAGGUUAAUUUUCCCUCUUUUACCA